CCGGCGGGGGAGCCACAGAAUGCAGUCGGCGGGGCGGGCGGCGGCGGGGUCGGAGCCGCCUCCGGCCCAGCUGCUGGGACCCCGUCGGCGCUGGGCCCCCACACUCCUGGCAACCCGGCGACGGCGGCCUCGGGGACCCCCGCGCCCUCAACCCGGAGCCAGGCGGACAAGCCGGUGCUGGCAAUCCAAGUCCUGGGCACUGUCAAAUGGUUCAACGUCCGAAAUGGUUACGGAUUCAUCAACAGGAAUGACACCAAGGAAGAUGUCUUUGUUCACCAGGAAUGAAUCACAGGCGAUGUCCGGAGGGAAAGGACACAGGCUAGUGGUUCUCAAAGUGCGGUCCCUGCACCAGCAGCAUCACCUGACAUCCAAAUUCUCAGGCCCCACCCCAGACCUACUGAAUCAGACUUGGGGGAGAGGCGGCAAUCUUUUAACGAGCGCUCCAGGUGAUUCUGAUGCCCGCCACAGUUUGAGAACCACUGCUUUGGUGGAAAGAGCUCUCAGUGGGAUCGAGACAGCGAUUAAAAGAAACAACCCCAGGAAGUUCCUGCGCAGCGUUGGAGACGGGGAGACUGUGGAGUUUGAUGUCGUGGAAGGAGAGAAGGGUGCAGAAGCUGCUAAUGUAACUGGGCCUGGGGGGGUGCCAGUGAAGGGUAGCCGCUAUGCCCCCAAUCGACGUAGGUUCCGCCGAUUUAUCCCCCGGCCUCGCCCGGCUGCCCCACCACCCAUGGUGGCAGAGGCUCCGUCAGGUGGGACAGAAGCAUGCAUCGAAGGGGAACGAGCUGAAGACCCUGGGCAGAGGCCCAGACGACGGCGCCCACCGCCCUUCUUCUACCGACGGCGCUUUGUGCGAGGCCCAAGGCCCCCCAACCAGCAGCAGCCUAUAGAGGGCACUGAUGGGGUUGACCCUAAAGAGACAGCCCCAUUGGAGGGGGACCAACAGCAGGGAGAUGAGCGGGUUCCCCCACCCAGAUUCCGGCCCAGAUACCGAAGGCCUUUCCGCCCCAGGCCACCCCAGCAGCCUACCACAGAAGGUGGGGAUGGCAAGACCAAGCCCAGCCAAGGUCCCACUGAUGGUUCCCGGCCUGAGCCCCAGCGCCCACGAAACCGCCCCUACUUCCAGCGGCGACGGCAGCAGCCCCCUGGACCCAGGCAGCCCACAGCCCAGGAGACCUCAGCCCCCAUCAACAGUGGGGACCCCACCACCACCAUCCUGGAGUGAUUCCAACUCAAGGACACCCAGAACUACCAUCUGGUAUCUGCCAGGUUUUCCAACUGACCUGCACCCUACCCAGCACCCCCUCCCCCUUUCCCAUAUUCAUGACAUCAAAACACUGGCUUUUCCCCCUUUUCCAUGAGACUCAGGAGGGCCAAAGCAACAGCUUUUUGCUUUUUUUUCUCUCUCCCCUACCAAGGGUUGAAGGAAGGGAUCCAUCCUUUUUGUUCAGAGGCAUCAACUCCCUCCCCUAAAUCAGGCUGAGAAGGAACCAGCCAGCUCUUACCUCCUCCUGGUUGUUUUUCUUUCCCACCCCAGUUUAUUUUUGUUUCCCCUCGACCCCCUACCUCUGAAGCCAUUUUAUGAACUGUCAUGUGCCACCUGAGCCUCCAGUAAAAAACAAAAACAGGCUU